CACCCACAACCCCAAGCCCGCGUCAUUCAGCUACCGACGCGUGACAUGGCUGGCGUCCACCUGGAGCGAAGUGUGUCGAGGCUGCUGUUCUAAGGAGGACCGAUUGAUGAAUUCCGCUAUUCAUCAUCAAUCAUGCCAUUUCAUCAAAUGGGUAGUACCUCGGCGGGCCGUUUGAUUGUUACGUAGUGAAAUCGAGUUGUGGGUGCGUUUUCUUUUGCGGCGAAUCUGUGAGGAGACGCUGCAAGUUGCGCUUGAGUUAGGUCACGGGGAGCCUACAACAGGGGCUUAGUAGUUUAGAUUUGUGGGGUCUUCUGUUUUGGAAGUGUGGGAGGUUUUUGGAGAGGUUUUUGAGGUGGUUGUGGAUUGUGGGCUGCUCCGAUGAAGGAAGCCAGCGAGGAAAGUGUGGCGCCCUCGGUCCCUGCGGCAGAUCCCAAGGCGCAGAGAGGGGUUUUGAGUGUCAUUUGGGGCCUCAUGGGGUCGCUGUUCUCUAGGGGGAACAAAAACGAUUUCGAAAAGAGGUUGCAGCAUUUGACCAAGGAGGAGGUCGCUGUGCACUCUCGCUUGAAGCGGCGGACGCAGAGAUGGCGAAAGCUAGCCAGAGUGAUGAUCAUUUAUUCUAUUGUUGGCGAGGCCCUAGCUUUGGGGUUCGCGAUCCUGUCAAGCAGAAAUGCUGAUCUGCCAUGGCAAGUUCGCGCCAUUCGAGCUCUUCCUGUUUUCGCUCUGCCUGCAAUCGUCACUCUGCUUUACUCGACCUGCGCUGGAUUUCACCGGAUGAUGGAGCGCAAGGAUCAUGAGCGACUUGAGCGAUUGAAAACGGAGCGUCAAGAAAAGAUCAACGAGUUGAAAGAAAAGACCAACUAUUACAUCACACAGCAGCUCAUUCAGCAAUAUGACCCUGAUCCGGCGGCGAAAGCAGCGGCAGCAAGCAUUCUCGCAUCCAAGUUAGGUGCUGAGUCCGGCCUCAAGCUAGCUCUGGCUGCAGGACUUACUAGCACUGAUGAUUUAACUCAAGGAAAGAGUUCCGGGGCUCCUAAUCAAUCAGUUGGGAGAUUAGAUAGGGAGGCGAUGGAUCACAAUUCCGUAGGUCUUCGGAAUCGAAAGUCUCAACACCGUGGUCAGGAUUUUGGGCCAUCUUCUCAGGGAAUGCCACGCAUGGAAGGUUUUUCUCGAGAGAAUAAUAUGCCAGGUGGCCCAGAGGUUUGGGAGGAGCAGGGUAUGGAUGUGAGGAGACCUCCUCGCAAUCCAUCAAACGGAGGCUGGAUUGCAAGGUUGGCUGCGAUGCUCGUGGGUGAAGACCCUACCCAGUGCUACGCCCUCAUCUGCAAACAGUGCCAUGCACACAAUGGUCUUGCAAAGAAAGAGGACUACAAGUAUAUCCAAUACUACUGCCCACACUGUCGGACUUUAAAUGGAACACGGCCAGUCGAAGAUGGGCUUUCACUUACUGACGAGCCUGCUGAAACGUCCCCCAAACUGGAGCUAUCAAAGGCUAUAGCGUCUGUUGACGGCGAAACUCUAGAAAUUUCAAACCCCGCAGCACCUGCUCUCGUAUCGCAGCUAAUUUCUGGUGAGCUGGAUAAUUCUGACAGUUCAGAGGAAAGUAACUAGGCCCAAGGACUCUUUAGAUAUGCAUAUAGUAGGAAAAGAGUUCCAGUUGCGGAAUUGGCAGGUUAGGCGAGCGAUGUAAAUUUGGCCAUGAAGCUUCCAAGUUGAGUAGGCAUGUCCUGUGCCCCCUGCUUUUGAGCAGAGACUUGAAUGAUCAGAUUUAGUUAGUCCAUGUGAGUUGUGAGAAUCGUUCGAUCUCCCGUAUUCGUAUGGAAUAGUAUUCGUGGCGAGACACAAGUCUGUAACUGAUUUUUUGAGUAGUAAGAGAUUUCAAUUGAGUUUUGGAUUCAAAGGGUAGGCUCUUGCACGGAUAUAUGUACAGUAUGAGUUUGCCGCUAAUGAAAGGUAUCCUGUGGGCUGUAGUCAACAUGUCAAAUAAACUAGCCGAAUGCCCCAAAUUUGAACAGUGUAUUUUACAGUAGAUUUGAGACAUGAGAGAAGAAUGUGACGUGUCAAUUUGGUUACGUGAAUAAUUAUCCCGGUUCUAAAGCAGGUGCUGCUGAGUUGUAUUUAUGGGUGCGUUCAUGCACAUCAAUAUCAUCAUAAGUACAGGAAGUUGUA